GUUUAUUUCCAUAAACCAUGCUGUGUUCUCACUGUAUCCUCAUCUGAGAAGUGAGUUUUUAAGUAAGUUUCCUUUGACUUUUUUGACUACCUGAUACUGAUAUUUGUGUAGCAUAGCCAUAUUAUUGGCUAGAUCUAUGUUAACGAAGAAUAAAAUAAAAUAAAACUUUGAAUUUUGAUUUGGCUCUCAUUUAAAAUAAGAUGCAUCUACUUUAAUAUUAAUAAGCAAAACUGUACAAUUUUUAGACCAAAUUAUUCCAAUGCAUAAACAAAUGAGUUUGGUUAAUUUUCAGAUUUUAUGCAUGUAAUACAAAUUUAAAUAAUUACAUUUUCAUUCAUGGGUUGGUGCCCCAUCCUGGGUUGUUCCUACCUUUGGGAUGGGCUCCGGUCCCCCGCAACCCUGCUUAGGACAAGUAGGUAUAGAAAAUGGAUGGAUGGAUGGAUAUUUUCCUUAAAGGUUAUAAACCCCAAAUAUGCACAUGACAGAAAACCAUAAAGGCAUUACAAGUAGAGCUCAGAUGCAGAUUCUAAAGUCUUUGCAUUUGACUUAAUGCAGCGAUGACGAUGAUUCUGCCUGUAGCAUCACACCCAGAAUAAUGUCUCCUGUGCCCCAGCGCAGUUAUUUUAAUUUAUGUCCAGAAUGUAUUGAAGGUCUGAUGAGAGAAUGGUAGCAGUCACUGUGGUGAAGCUCCAUAGGAUGGAAGUUAAGGGAAGAUGCCGGGACAGUCGCUGACUGAGGACUUGCCACCAGUUGAUUGAGAAUGAGAGUGCAGGAGAGCUGAAGGUUGCUGUAUGGGAAUGUAGCGUAACGGAGAGAGAGAAGGUGGAUGUCCAAGACUGUGAGGAACGGGGGAGCGUGUGAAAGACAGAUGGCCUCUCAGCAGAGGUGUUCCCCUCCUCCUCCCUCUCGCUCUCCGCUUGUUUCUGGCAUCCUCGGCCCACCACCCUCCCAAACAUUACCUCAUCUCUCUUCCUUCUCCUCUUCAUCUUCCCCUGUUACCUUCCAUCAGACCCCACUCUUCGUCCGGAUAAGUCACUAGCGUCUCAUCCGUCCGUCUGCCUCUGCCGCCGCUCUCGCAGUUGGAACAACGAAGAACCUUCAAGAAAACCAAGAAGAAAAACCAUUUUGGAAAGAAGGGGAUGUAAGCUAAAAUAAGGACCGGAAGGUUCUUGGGUCUGAGCCAGGCUGCAGAAGAGCGUCCUACUCUAGAGUGAAGCUCAGCACAUAGCGGUCUAGCGGAGGCCCAGAGAUACUUACUUACCCACCAAAACAGAGGUUCAUAAAGAUUUUUGGCACAAAAUAUCUUCUAUUGGGAUUUGUCCGCAAGGAUCUUUUGGAAUAGCCUCAAGGCAGAAGAAGACAUUACUUUUUAAUUCCAAGAUACAGAUGGACCUCCCAUCAAUGAUACACCUUUGACAUCUGGAAAGUCUCUACAACCUGUAAGAGUUCAAAGUAAGUCGGUAAACUUGGGGCUGUUAGUUGGUUCCUUAGAGUAAAAGAGGAAGAGAAAUUAGUAUAUAUUACGUAACAGGGUCACCUGCAGUCUUUAACUUUUCAAUCCUGCUGUAAAUCAAGUCUUAUGAGUACAAAUAAAUAGCAAAGGCUCACAAGCAUACAAUACUGGGCUUAUCUUCCUGAAGACCACGAAGAAAACACAUGGCUGCCAUAUUGACCGUGACCGGGAGUGUGACUCCUUGGUGGAACCGUGCGUUUCGCCAGGGCUCUGCCCUGCUGCUGGGGCUGGUUCUCGCUCUAGGAGUCCAAGGCCAGAAUGACACGGAACCCAUUGUGCUGGAGGGGAAAUGUCUGGUGGUGUGUGACUCAACGCCGUCCUCAGAGCCAGCGGGCAACGCGCUGGGCAUGUCCGUGCGCUCCGGCACCGGGCGCGUGGCCUUCUCUGCAACCCGGCAGACCAACCACGAGCCGACCGACAUGAGCAACCGAACCAUGAUCAUCUACUUCGACCAGAUACUCGUAAACGUGGGCAGUCACUUUGACCAAGAGAGCAGCAUCUUUUUGGCCCCGCGAAGGGGGGUCUAUAGCUUCAACUUUCAUGUGGUCAAGGCCUACAACCGACAGACGAUACAAGUGAGUCUGAUGUUGAAUGGCUGGCCCAUGAUCUCAGCCUUCGCUGGUGACCAGGAUGUGACCAGGGAGGCGGCGACCAAUGCAGGCCUGGUCAUCAUGGAGAGAGGAGACAAGGCCUACCUCAAGUUGGAGAGAGGCAACCUCAUGGGAGGCUGGAAAUAUUCCACCUUCUCCGGCUUCCUGGUCUUCCCACUGUAGAGCGAGCCGAGGGUGGGUUGUGGGGGAAAGGGGACGGGAUCGAUUCCGGGAUUGGAAGCGAGAGACGGGGGAGCCCAUCUGGAAGUGGGGGGGGAGCUUGACAUCGAGGCAGCGGGAGAGAUUAGGAGGGAUGGGAGAAUGGUGUGAGUGGAGGAAGAAUGCAAUACGUAUAACAGAGCUGUUUUACAAAGACAUAUGGAGAAAUUCACACAAGUGAGAACCCAAAGUAAAGAUGAGGUAGACAAAAAAUAUAGAUAUCGGGGUGUGUGUCUGGGGUGGGGGGGGGUGGGGGUUACUAGAUAAUUAUUCUUAUCUGUACUACACAGUAGCUUUUAUGGUGGAUUUAAGCACUGGUGUUUGCGUGUGCGUUGAAUCUUGCAUCUAAUGAUCUAUCUAUCUAUCUAAUUUACCAUACCACUAAAUCAUCUGUUCGCUUUUGGAAAUUAUGAAUUGGCUGAUUUGGUAGCUGUGCAAUUUAACGAAAGUUUCUUAGACUAUAAUUAAGAAAUGUUGAUAGUUAAACAGGAUUGGCUAGUCUGGUUAUCAAACUGACUAAGAUUUCCCUGAUUGAUGCUUGAGAAAAACCAACUAACAAUUCCUGAUACUUGCUAAUUGGCCAUCAUUACUAUUAAUGUACUCUAUUUUUAUUUCCUGUUUGCGCUAACACAAAAUGUUUGGAAUGUUAUUAAUAUAUUAUGUGAGAAUGAUUUAGGUCCAGUGCAAUUUGUGUGUUAUUAUUGGGAUUCUAUCCUGAAAGUGAUCCACUUGUUAUAAAUUGCCGAUAUUCCCACGGCUCUGGGAAACAUCCCUUUUAUAUCCGUUUAGGCUUUGUGUAGAACCGUCUUUCAUUUUUGCCUGUAUUUGUUCCUCAUCAUGUAUCUUUCACCACAAGAAUCGAGAGUAAUAACUGAAAUAAACCAAGCAUAAUAAAAACAAUUGAAA